CGCUGAUACAGUCACUCGACGAUGCGUGGUCACAGUAUAUCAGAAGCGCUGGUGACAUGACACUAUCGAUCCCUUGUUAUUUCGGUUAUAUAUUUUCUGCAUUUCCUCAGUGUCAUUAAACAUCCAUCUUUCGCAUCUACCACAUCGAAAUUGUUCCGGCCAAACAUAUUUCCAGCCCACCAAAUCUCUGUGUCAGCAUGUCAGUCCACUCGUGCCUAACCGAACAAUGACCUCAAACAAACCAGCCAGGAGAUCAAUUGGCCUCCUCGAUCUCCCGCCCGAAGUUCGCCAUCAGAUAUACAGACAUCUAUUCUGUAACCGAGCAUGGCCUAUCCCAUUGGGAUCCGGAACCUUGGCGCCCUUGCAGUUACAGGAAAAGAACGACCUGCUAGAGCCAACCUUCCAUACGGCGCUUUUUCGUGUGUGCAAGGCCAUAUCAACCGAUGCACUCCGCUUCGCAUAUGGCGCAAACAGCUUUCAGCUUCCCGCCGAUCUGACCAGCUUCUGCCAUCUUGGCUUGACAGCGCUGGCGUCGAUUCGAACGCUGACCGUCUACAACAACUGCUGGCUAGUCGGUAGAGAAUCGAGCACCGUCUGGGAGAUCCUUAAUUAUAAAUGCUCCGCUCUAGAGCUGCUCGUUGUCCAGCCCUCAACGCACCUGCUGUGGCAAGCCAUCCCACACAUGAAGGAGUAUGUCGCUUCCUUUGACAAUGCUCACGAUCCAUCAUCAAGACCGAAACUGGUCUUUGACCUAUACAUCUUCGACCGGCAUUUCUCAUUCGAUCUUCCAGAACGCGAGUAUCGCAGAGCUCUGCAGGAAUUGAAAGGUGUUUCUGGAAGCAACAGUACUAGGCAGGGAUUCAUGACGGUCGGCCAGAUGGUCUCACUUUUGCCAAAGCACGUAAAACGGAUCGACUUUGUGCUAGACGUCAGUGCAGGAGGCAUCCGUGCCCUGGAAGAGGUCCUGCAAGGAUCAUCUGAUCUUCCGCUUGUGAAAGUGAAGUUGCCUUCUCCUGGUAACAGCUAUCGAUUGGGUUCUCGGGCUCGGGUUUGUUAUGUUUGGGACGAAAACAGGAAGAAGUAGUUAACGAGAAACUUUGUGCAGGGAGCUUUUUGCAGCAGCCGACCGCACUGUUGGGAACGACUCUUAGGAAUGACAAGCAAUGGCAGGAGACGAAAUGACAUCGUUGCAGUGGGAUCUCUGUUUGCGUGUAAUCAGCAAGGCAUGAGGUGAUGAACUUUGAUCGAAACCUUUAUUGUCCUCGUUGCGGAUGUGGUCGACAAGGCUGAGCCAUUAGUGCUCGUCGACCGCAUCCGCAAUGAGGGAUACAGGUCUAAAAUGUCAGACUCCCGAGAUGAAAUUCGACCUAGGCCCCGCGGAACUUGAAAGUAAUGGUGGAAGUUGGGCCGCCAGGAAUCAAAAAGGCCUUCGUCACAAAGAUCCGUUCCAAGUAGCCAUGUCGAGCAGAUCGAUUAUGCUUGAGUCGACGUCUGGCAAGUGGAUUUACAGGCCGAAAUUGCAGCAUCCUUGCCAUGGAUGCAUGAAAAGAUUGACCUCAUCCGGAUGGCGAAGCCCCGAGACACCGGCCAACGGCAGACACCACACCUCUCGCGGAAGCCCUGCAACAACAGGAAGAAGCGUCAAACACCAUAAGGCUGAAAAAGGUAUUUCACGCAGGCGCUCGAUGUGGCUGUCGCGUUGACGCAGCCGGCAAUUCCCCAGCCGCAAAAUGGUUCCCGUGGUGGCGUUAUGCCAGAAAGGGGUCAGUGCCAUUCAAUGGCGGUAAGCAGAAUGAGCCUCGACCGUGCAUGGGGUUCUUGCUGGCCCCUGGGGGUCAGUGACGGGACAGCCACCUCUAGGCCCCUGUUUGUUGAAAACAAUGGUACUGUAUCUGAGUGGUGCCGAUGUUUUGCACUCGACUGACUUCAGUGACCAUGUCAACAGCAAUGUUGACCUAUCUACUUAUUCAAAAGUGUCAAUUCCUUGAACAGUUGAUCCUUAUUGGACUGUUUCGUCGAAGAGCCUUGGGGAGGUUUCUGAGUCACCGGUCCGGGUUGGUCA